AUGACGUGCAUUCUGGACCCCACGCCACCCCCCAAAUUCCAGCUGAGAAGCCCCUGGACAAGAGCUCGGGGGGCUGUCCGGAAGCUAGACAAGGCCACACCCUCUGCUCACCUGGUCAUUCCCUGGUCCACUUCUGAGGCAUCCAGACGUGUGCUGCUGAUGGGAGACAUGGACACAAUGAAAGGGGCUGCAAGUGGCAGAAGGCCUGGCCAGCAGAAACAAGGUGUCUCCCACAGGGAAAAUGGAAGGAUUUCCUCCAAGGAAAACCUGUCUGUAAAAGAGAAGGGAGGAGAUCGACAUCCCUCAGAAAGACAGAGAGAAAAACGAAGCAUGGAGACACAAGAGGGCUCUCAGGGCAAAGCAGAGGUCACUAGGCACAAGCGAUGCAGAAGCCGGGAUGGCUCCCCUGAGAGUCACAAGAGAAACGGCCAUGAAGAAGAGAAGGUGAGGGGAAGGCCACCCCCAGCCCAGUGGAGAACUAAGGAGCAUCCAAACUCCUGCAGAGCAGGACUUUACCACAGAGGAGGUUCUGCCCAUACUUCCGGGCGUCUCCACGACAGGGGGGCCCGGUUCCGGUCGCCAGUGUGGGCCCGGGGCCACAGACGCUGCCAGUACAACCCGGAGUCCAGGCCCGCCUCGCCCAAGCGCCCUCGCAGAAGCCAGUCACCUGAAGCCGCCGAGCCCCUGGAGGCGCUCACGUCCAAGCUCUCCAACCAGAUGGGAGCCCUCGAAGUGGUCCUGGAUGAGUUGCGGGCCCCGGGGGGCGCCUUCCUACCGGUGGCCACCGACCGCACGGAGCCCACGGCCUCGCAGCGCGCCUGGCUCACCUGGCAGCUGACGCACGCGGGCGCCGCCCUGCACUGGGCGCUGACGGCGCUCGAUUCCCUGCUCGCCGCGCACCACCGACCUCCGGGCCCGCAGGUCUACCCGCCCUGGGCGCCUGGGUCCUAGGGGCGCUCCCCGCCAUUCCUCAAGCAGUGCAAGGCUCCGGGGAGGCAUUUUGUACCCCGAGGCGACGAGUUUUCCCUGCAGAAGACAGAAAUUCUCCUGUCUCGGGAAAGGUGUUCAGCGAACGGAUUUCAGCUCCUGCUGCGUCCCCAGCUCAGGGAGGUGUGUCACCGUGUCCAGAAGUCAGUCUGCAGGAUGUGCAUUUAGAAGACAACACUUCUUUAAUCCCGCAGUUCAGAAUGCAUCCCCUAGUGAUGUGAUUUGUGCCUUUUCAUCCCUCCAUAUUUUCCUGUUUUAUUGAAAAAAUGAAAUGAGAAAGAGAGAGGAACACAGAGAGGGAAAGGAGGACGUAGAGGAGGAGGAAGACUUACAGGCAGCUAGAUGUCGAGAUUGAGGUAGAGACUGAUGUAGAGAUAGAUGUGAAGAUUGGUGUAGAGAUAGAUGUAGAGAUUGAUGUAGAGGUAGAUGUUGAGAUUGAUGUAGAGGUAGAUGUCGAGAUUGAUGUAGAGAUAGAGGUAUAAAUAGAUAGAUUCCUAGGGGUGGGUCCACUGCAAAGAACAAUUGUAUUUUUUGGGUUUUACCAGAGACUGGGUUUCUUCAAAGUUAUGCUUAGAAAUCUACCUUGAACAACUCUGUAUCAAAUGAACUAUCUGGGUUAUAUGAUGAACUUUGUAGAUUUUUGGUGUUGAUAUUAAAAUUACAUUUUUACUUAUGGACUACAAUGUUCUACAUACACUGCAAUAAAUAAUUUAAUAUUACAA